AUGCCCGUGAUAACCAACGACACGCACCCCGACGCCCCCUCAAACGAGGGGGACAACUCACCCAACCAGGCCUUGGCUUUUUUCCCCGCCGUACUCCUGGUGGCCGUAGUUUUGACCGUCCUUCUCAGCCCCGCACUGCGCAAGCUCAUUAGACACUUCCGGUCCCCACAUGAUGACGAAUUCUCCAGUACAGAGAGCUCUGGCUCAUCUAGCAAUACCGACUCCGCCAGAAGAGGCCUAGACUCUAUUGCUCCACCCAAGGCCUGCAACAAGAUGAGGGAGCAGCUAGAAGCCAGGCCAAGACUCCCACCAUGGGCGAGGUUGGGUUCACUCGUGAUCUGCGCCAUUUGCUUGGACACUAUCGAGGAUGACGACUUAGUCCGCCAUCUACCCUGCGAGCAUAAUUUCCACUCAGAUUGCAUUUCCCAAUGGUUCAUGAGGAGGCACGACACCUGUCCCAUCUGCUCAAUUCACUUAAUGACACCGUCGCGUCAGCACGGCCGGACGGAGCAAGGGUGA